AUGCCAGUUGAGGACAGCCCGGUCAUGUCACUCACAUCCCUCCCUGGCGAAAUUCUUUCGGACAUCUUUGCAUACCUAGAUCCGGUGCAGGUCUUUCGCGUUCGCCAGGUUUCACGCAGUCUCAACGCAAUCGCCUCAUCCCAUUACGUCUGUUCAGCAGUUCUCAAAGCGCACUUCCCUCUGGCCUUCGUGAGAGCGUUCCGAACUUUCACACCUGAGCCGGACGUCGUAUCAGAGCUGAGCGUUCUUGCCCGCGCGUUUCACAACUUUCAGCGACGAAGAGCGGAGGAGUACUUCAGUAUCGAUACACCGACACCGCAAGUUACGCCUCGGGCAAAUAAUACGCCCCGUCUCGGUGCACUUUUUGUACCUAAUGGUCCGCUAGCAACGGCUGCAACCAGAAGAAAGGCUCGGCAUGGGUAUGGACUGGUAGCCCUUUUCCGCUCCGCCGGCAAGGAGAUUCAAUUGGUACGGCUUGCUACGCAGGAGACGUGGGUGUUGCCUUUACCAGAAGGCUACAGCACGAGAGAUAUACGUAUAGAUGGAGAUCGUAUUGUGAUCUUAACUACGCGGAUCUCGACGCAGAUGAUCUUUGUCUACGAAGCAGCACCAUCAAACAAGCUUCUUUACGAGAUCAACACUGGUCUCGACGACCUGGUAAGCUUGCACUGCAAAGGAACAUACGUUGUUUGCCUGGCGCAAUCUGGUCAGUUCCACCUAUAUGCUGAGCCUAUCGAAGGUACGAACUCUUCCGAUUGGGUUGAGGCCCUGUUCUCCCCACUUGAGCGGUUUGACCCACCAAUCGACGUCAUUUCGGGUGGUGUGCAGUAUGAGACAGACGGAACUACUCUAUAUAUGAUCGCGAAGCCUCUAGAAGAGACACAGUUGGUCAUGGCCUUCGACAUAGGUAAAGUCCUUGCCGGUGCUGGAGAGAUGAGUAGGCGUAAUGAAAACGUGACGCCUUCCGCAGUUCAUUCCGUCGACCCUCGGGUCCAUCUUUCCUUGACCCGAACAGACCGUCCUCAACCAGCACAUUCUGCGGAGGGAAGGUCAUAUGAAGCGUCGAUAUACCUAACAGCAGACGACUCAACUCAUGCUCACCAACCUCCCCUCUGCCACUUCCUUUCCGGCACCUACAUCUCCCCACCCGCCCCCCUCCCCUUCAUUGACUACGACAUGGAAGGAAAGUGGGGUCUCUACCCCUUUCCCGAACUACAAAGCAUGGCAUGUUGGGAAGGCGAUGUCGAGGCCCCGUUUGGGAUGUUUGCGUACGGAAUUCGGCAGCAGGAGAAGGAAGGGAGGGCGUUUAAUGUUGAUUGGGGACGACUUAGGGGCCCUGAUGAGGGGGAGCAGAGCCGUGCGACGCAGGUUGCGGUGUGGAUGGGGUAUAAUGAGGAGGGAGAUGGGUUGUGGGUUGUGGUUAUGAAGGAGGAGGAACUUCUGGUAUGGAGUUUGGGACGGCAGCGAAGGGAUUGGUGAAAGGGAUUGGAUCAUUCAUGCCAUCCGAGUAAGAGUAGAGAAGGUUACAGCCAGACGAAAAUAUGCUCGAGAAGUACCUUUGUACCUUAAUGGAUGCAUGGUUAAGAUGAAGACUGGGGUU